CAACUCCUUCGGAUGACAACGCAGCCCUAUAAAUAAAACAGCAAUUUUCAUGAAUCUAGUCAGAGCUUUUUGCAGUCAGCAUCACAGGUUCUCCACGUCACCUUUAGAAUCAUCAUCUUCGAUUCGAUGGAUCUCUCCCGUUCAGUUGUCAAAAGCCAGCUCCAAGAAACCAGACCCUCCAACCGAAUCCAUAGCCAGCUCUUUAGAAGGUCGGAGAAAAGCCAAAUACAUUUCUCACGAUACUGCGAUCAACUUGAUCAAACGUGAGAGGGAUCCACAACGUGCAUUGGAGAUAUUCAACAGUGUGUCCGAGCAAAAGGGUUUCAACCAUAACGGUGACACCUAUUCAACAAUCCUUCAUAAGCUUGCUCUGUCUAAGAAGUUUGGAGCAAUCGAUGCAAUUCUUCGUCAGAUGAUGUAUGAAACCUGCAAAUUUCAUGAGCCUAUAUUCUUGAAUCUCAUGAAGCAUUUUUCAAAGUAUGCUCUGCAUGAAAAAGUGCUUGAGAUGUUCCAUGCCAUCCGGUCAAUUGCUCGGGAAAAGCCCUCUCUGAAGGCCAUCAGCACUUGUCUCAAUCUCCUAGUUGAAGCAAACCGGAUUGAUUUGGCCCGGCAGUUUCUCAUGCAUUCAAGGAAGAAUCUCAGCUUGAAGCCAAAUACCUGUAUUUUUAAUAUAUUAGUUAAGCACCAUUGCAGGAAUGGGGAUCUGGAAUCUGCCUUUGAGGUUGUCAAAGAAAUGAAGAAGGCCAAAAUCUCUUAUCCUAAUCUAAUUACAUACUCGACUCUGAUAGAUGGUCUCUGUGUAAGUGGGAGACUCAAAGGAGCAAUUGAACUUUUUGAGGAAAUGAUCUCAAAGGAUCAAAUCUUACCCGAUGCACUGACAUUCAAUGUCUUGAUUAAUGGGUUCUGCCGCGAUGGUAAGGUCGAUAGGGCAAGGAAGAUAAUGGAGUUUAUGAAGAGCAACGGAUGCAGCCCAAAUGUAUUCAACUACUCGGCCCUCAUCAACGGGUUCUUUAAGGUAGGAAGAUUUGAGGAAGCCGAGGAGAUUUUUUAUGAGAUGAAGAGCUUUGGACCCAAACCAGACAAAGUCGGGUAUACCACUAUCAUUAAUUGCUUUUGUAGGACUGGAAGGACAGAUGAGGCUAUGGAGUUGCUCAAAGAAAUGAAAGGGGGAGAAUGCAGAGCGGAUGUGGUGACUUUCAACGUCAUAUUCGGAGGACUAUGUAGAGAGGGUAGAUUGGAGGAGGCUCUUAGAAUGCUAGAAAGACUUCCUUAUGAGGGUAUGCAUCUGAACAAGGCAAGUUACAGGAUUGUUCUGAAUUUCUUGUGUCAAAAAGGUGAACUGAAAAAGGCUACAAGCCUGUUGGAUUUGAUGUUGGGCAGAGGGUUUGUCCCGCAUUUCGCAACUUCAAACGAAUUACUCGUGCGCCUUUGUAAUGCCGGAAUGGCAGAUGAUGCGGCUAUGGCUUUGUUUGGAUUGUUAGAGAUGGGGUUCAAACCCGAGCCUGAUUCCUGGGCUAUAUUGGUUGAUUUGAUUUCCAGAGAGAGAAAGUUGUUGUCUUCAUUUCAACUGCUUGAUGAGUUAAUUUGCUAA